AAACCAGUCCCUCCCAGUAUAAACCAUGGACCUCCUCCAAUCCCUCCAACACUUGGCCAACGACAACUUGACCUUCUUCACCCCCACCUCCGGCACCACCGGCGCCGCCGCCGCCACCGCGCGUCGCUUCGCCGCCGCCUUCGCCGCCAUCUUGCGCCACGGCCGCCAUCUUGGCCCCGCCAUGUCCCACCUGGCCCAGGUGGCGCCAAAAUUCGAUUUGGACGAAUCGACGCCGGGAAACGGUUACCGGAGUUUGAUGGAGGUCGUCCAAAUCUGCGUCGACCGCGCCGUCCAACGGUGCCGCCACGUCGCCGCGCACCGGAAAAGCCUUUUCUUCCGCGCCGGCGCCAACGCCGCCGAAAUCGAAGCCGUGGCCGCCGCCUUGGGCCAGUUGAGGGCGUUGUUGGUGUUGGCGGCCAAGAUGGCGGCGGCGGCCAAAGGUGGGCGGCUCUUCCCCGAUGGAGAGGACAAUGAGGAGGAGGAGGAGGAGGAGGAAGGGGAGGAAGGCAUCAGCGCGGUGGUGCUGCGCGAGUACAGCACGAUGCACAACGGCUGUUUCUACGGGCGCUGCCUCGGAUUCCAGUUCGUUCCGUCGCUCCGACCGUUCCUCCAGACUUUGGCCAUCGGUCUCGUCUCCUUCGGCGAGAAUUACCGAAACCGCGACCCCGGCAUCGGGGUGGCGGCGGGGUCGCUUUUCACCAGCGGGAAAUUCGCUCUGGACCCGGAGCUGCGCGGGGCCGAGUUCGAGCGCCUGACCCAGAACCUGGACGUGCAUUUCUGGAAAAGCUUCUGGAACCUCACCGAGACCGAGCUGCUGGCGUCGGUGGCGUCGCUGACGGCCGUGCAGGUGGGGCUGUGCCGCGCCCUGGCCGUGCCCCCCGAGCCCCUGGAGCUGCCCCUGGCCCGGGACCCCUCGCGCAGCGUCACUGUCGCCCCCCCCGGGGCUCACCUGGGCCCCGCCCCGCUGCACCUGCGGCUGCUCUCCUACCACCUGCGGCAGGGACAGGAUUCAGCAGCUCUGAGCGCCCUGAGCCGUCAGGACGGGGGUCCCUGGACCCCCUCCCCAUUUUCCUGGCGCCGGGGUCCCCCCCUGCCCCCCAGCCCGGGGCUCCUGGUGCAUUUCCACGGCGGCGGAUUCGUGGCUCAGACCUCGCGCUCCCACGAGCCCUAUUUGAGGGGGUGGGCUCGGGAUUUGGGGACCCCCAUCCUCUCGGUGGAUUACGCUCUGGCCCCCGAGGCGCCCUUCCCUCGAGCUCUGGAGGAAUGUUUCUACGCCUACUGCUGGGCCCUGAGGCACUGCAGGAUGUUGGGCUCGACGGCGGAGCGCGUCUGCCUGGCGGGUGACAGCGCGGGUGGCAACCUGUGCCUGGGGGUGUCCCUGCGGGCGGUGGCCCUGGGCGUGCGCGUCCCCCAGGCCGUGCUGGCCGCCUACCCGGUGACGUUGGUCCAGGCGGCCGCGUCGCCCUCGCGCCUCCUGACCCUGCUGGACCCUCUGCUGCCCCUGGGGGUGCUGUGCCAGUGCCUGGGCGCCUACGCAGGGACGUUGGGGGAGGGGUCGCGCUCCCCUCCCCCCCCCGGCCCCCCCGUGGGGGAGGGGCUGAUCCUGAGGGGGCUGCGGGGGGGGGGCGGCCUGGCUGGGGGGGCUCCUGCGGGGGAGACCCCCCCCCAAAACAGAAUCAUCUCCAAACUCGGACGGGGAAAGCUCCGAGGACCCCCCCGAAGAUUCCCUCGAGGACCCCCCAAAAUUUUUGGGGUAUCCCGAAGGAUUUCGACCCCUCCGGACCGGGGGACCCCCCGCGAUUUUUGGGAAAAUUCCCCCAAAACCCCCCCGGGACCCUUUUAUGUCCCCCCUGUUGGCUCCGGAUUCGUUGCUGGGGGGGCUCCCCCCAAUCCACCUGGUGGCCUGCGCCCUGGACCCGAUGCUGGACGAUUCGGUGGCCCUGGCCCGGCGUUUACGAGCCCUGGGCCGGCCCGUGACCCUUCGGGUGGUCCCGGGGGUCCCGCACGGGUUCCUCAGCCUCGCCCCCCUGAGCCCCGAGUGCCGCCGGGCCGGGGGCCUGCGCCCUGGACCCGAUGCUGGACGAUUCGGUGGCCCCAAAACCCCAACAAAUCCCCUUUAAAACCCCCAAAAAUCUCAUUUAAAACCCCUUAAAAAUUACCGAAAAUUCCC